CAAAGAUUUGAAAGUAAACAUUUGGAAAAUAGGUAAGCAGAGCGGGAAGCACGUGAAGAAGAAGAAGAAAACAAAGCAACACUACCAAACUUCUCCUACCUUCCUUAAUUACUCCAUGAUCAAUUAAUAAUAAGGCUAGUUUAUGUUUGUUUCUCAUAUUUUCUCUCUCUGAUUCUCUUUGAAUUCACAAUGUGGCAGGUUGCAGUCGCAGCUGCAGUUGCAGGAGGAUCUGGGUUCAUUGCCAAACACUUUUUCUCUCCAAAUUCCCAUACUCUUAACACCACCCAAACAGAGCCUAAGCAACAACUUGAACAAGAACAAUUACAACCACACCAAAUUUCAAGUAAUUCCAUUCAAACUCUAUUUUUACCCAUAGAAACUCCUGCAGAAAAUAGCGCUUUGAAUCAAAAUGAGUCUGACAAUGCAAGUAGAAACGCCAUUCAUAGAGAAGAUCAAGAUGGGGUUUUUCGGUUUUCAUGUUCCGGGUCUCGUUCUGAUUCUAAGAAAUCGCGGAAUUUGGGGAAUAAAAUUCGUGGUAAUAACAAAAAGUUGGGUUCUUUUGAUGAUGGAAGUGUUUGUCAGAGGAAUACUUGUGGGAAUUCAGGGAAAAAAGUGGGAGUUUGUUUGAAAAGGAGAAAAACUACUAGGAAUUCAACUGGGAAGCGACAUUCAUCUCUUUCUAAAGAUUGCUCAACUUUUGGUUGGGGACUUGGUCUGGGGAUAAUUUGCAUGAUGUCAGCUGGAAAAACAGAAAUUAGUAAGCUUAGCAGCACUAUUGAUGAGACUGCAAAAGUAGUUGACGAGAUGAAAUCCCAGCUCAACAAACGGAAAUCAGCACCCUGCCAUCACUAUCAGUUGUUGAACUCUGAUGAUACAAUCACGAUGGAUACCGUGCAGAAACCAGCCUCUGAGCAAACAAAUAUUGGGUCAUGCCCAAUGAGCAAACUUAGUUUUAACACGAAAGUUAUCAGUCAUUUAGCUGACAGUGACUAUCCUAGCAGUGUCCUCACUGAAGAACAACAUGAAGGUGUAGAAAUGGACCAGUUGGAGGCAGAGCUAGAAUCUGAACUGCAGAAGCUCUCUUGGUGUACUACUGAAACUUCUGAACAUGUUGAAAAUUUGACUAUGGCUCAGAUUGGAAGACAUCAAUCAGAAAACCAAAGUUCGACAUCUUACCAAUCUGAUGGAGUAUCCCCAGUUGAACUCACAAACAAGUUGUCUAACUUGCUCAUACAACAGCAGGAAAGCCAUAUAUCUGAGCUGGAGUCUGAAUUGAAUUUGGCGCAAUCCAAACUCCAACAGAAAGAUGAUGAGCUCCGGGCACUGAAAGAUUGUGUCAGGCGUUUGACUCAGGUUUCCCUCUCAACUGUAUCAGAUGAGGAAACAGAAGAGGGGCAGGGCGAGAUACUCGAUCAUAAGAACACCAUGGUUGCUGACAAUGUGAUGGUCGGAAUGAAAAGAGCUUUUUGCUCGCAGCAUGAUAACAGAAGACUGGGCAAAGGAGCUCAGAAAAGAAAACAAAAAGCUCGUCCACGAUGUGACGGCGGCCGCUGAUCAUGCCCAGUUUGCUAUGGCCCAGCAAGAGGUGUUGCAUCAGCAGACCAAGAUUGCGCUGGAAAAGCGGUCAGCCGAGCUGGAGUCUCAGAUCAAAGUCUACCUUCUUCGGUUGACGGAGAUGCUGGACGAACGGGCUUCAUUGGAACGUGUCCUGACGGACGAGAGGAAUUCAGUCAUGACAAUGGCUGCUGAUUUCUUCAAGGAGAACCUCGUCCAUAAGGUCAAGAACCAAGCCCUUCGUACUGAGGUUGCAGAGACCGUUGCUGGCGCCAAAGAGGCUAUGAACACCGUCAUAGACACCUCAAAGGAAUGGGCGGUGCAGGCUUUUGGCAUGAUGGCCGAAGAGGAGGAUAUCCCCAGAUAUACUCGUCGGCUGGAGUUCCAAGAGCUUUGCAUAAGGCGACCAUAUCUGGAGCCGACCCUCCCGUCUUUGAAGAAUC